ACCCUUGGAAACACAGAAAAAGUAAACAACAUUCACACACAAAAAUAUGAACUUAUUAACACAAAAGAUGUGAACUUGUGGUUAGUGUUGAAGAAAACGUGAAACAAGAUUCAAAUCCUCGUGGAAAAGCACAAAUCGAAAAUCAAAAUCAAAGCUUUGGUGCUUCUUCUCGCUUCGGUGAGCAGAAGAUAGAUUCAUGGUUCAACGGAAAAGCAUGAAGAGGAACAACAACAACGAUCCUCAAACCAACGGGCAUGGUAAUUAUCUUCGUAUCAAAACGGCUUCGCAUACAGGAAAACGCAUCGCAAAAGCUACUCUGUUCGUCGCAUCUUCUCUCUUCAUAUCUGCUGGUCUCUUAGACUUACUCGGUUGUUUCGAUCUCACAACUCUUGCAGGUCUGAAGCAAGUAACAACAACAACAACAACUAGAAAUUCACCAAUCACGAAGCAUAAAUUCCCUGACCAAUGCGAUGCCGUACAGAACCAGACACAACAGCAAAAACAGCAAAUUCCAAUUUCCGAAGAUGGCAGCACAUGGAGAAACAACAAUAAUCCCAGAAGCAACCAUUCAAGACCAUCCACGUGUCCUUCUUAUUUCCGUUGGAUCCACGAGGAUCUACGGCCAUGGAGAGAGACAGGGAUAACGAGAGGGAUGCUAGAGAAAGCAAGGAGGACGGCGCAUUUCAGGGUCAUAAUCCUCGACGGGAAAGUCUACGUUAAGAAGUACAGAAAAUCUAUCCAGACUAGAGACGUUUUUACUCUGUGGGGCAUCGUACAGUUGCUACGGUGGUACCCAGGGAGAUUGCCCGAUCUCGAACUCAUGUUUGACGCGGAUGAUAGACCAACCGUCCGAUCUAAAGACUUUAAAGGUCGACAACACCCGGCCCCACCUCCGUUAUUCCGUUACUGCUCUGAUGACGCCAGCUUGGAUAUCGUCUUCCCUGAUUGGUCCUUUUGGGGCUGGGCUGAGGCUAAUAUAAAACCUUGGGCUAAAUCGCUGGUGGCGAUAGAAGAUGGGAGCAAGAUGACGCAAUGGAAAGACCGCGUGGCGUAUGCUUAUUGGAGAGGUAAUCCUCAUGUGGCCCCCACUAGAAGAGAUCUUCUUAGAUGUAAUGUCUCAGCACAAGAAGAUUGGAACACUCGUCUCUACAUCCAAGACUGGGUUAGAGAAUCCAGAGAAGGAUUCAAGAACUCAAACCUAGAGAACCAAUGCACCCACAGGUACAAGAUUUAUAUAGAAGGAUGGGCAUGGUCAGUGAGCGAGAAAUAUAUAAUGGCAUGUGACUCGAUGACAUUAUACGUGAGACCUAAGUUCUAUGAUUUUUACAUACGAGGAAUGAUGCCAUUACAACAUUACUGGCCAAUCAGAGACAAGUCUAAGUGUACUUCCCUCAAAUACGCCGUACAUUGGGGUAACACCCAUUUAGAUCAGGCGCGUAAGAUAGGGGAAGAAGGGAGUAGAUUUAUAAGAGAGGAGGUGAAAAUGGAAUAUGUGUAUGAUUACAUGUUCCAUUUGAUGAAUGAGUAUGCCAAUCUUUUGAAGUUUAAGCCGGAGAUUCCUUGGGGAGCGACGGAGAUCACGCCGGAUAGUAUGGGAUGUCCGGCGACGGGACGGUGGAGAGAUUUCAUGGCGGAGUCGAUGGUGAUGUUUCCUAGUGAAGUGUCUCCUUGUGAGAUGCCUCUUCCUUAUAACCCUCUGGAGUUAAGAGAGGUUCUUGAGAGAAAAGCCAAUUUGACUCGCCAGGUUGAGUUUUGGGAAGACCAAUACUUUCGUGAUUUGACCAACGGCAAGAAGCCUUGACCAAAACACAAAGAGGCUUUUGUUUUUUUUUUUUGGAUAGUUGGAUUUGUAUUCAUAUUGAAAUUAGCAAUAUGUGUUAAGAUGUAUGUUCAAAUUAUACAAACAGCGUUUUCUCUUUUA